UGGAGCAAUGGACACAGGAGGAACCUCCCUUAAAGCCCCCCCGACAUAUUAUCUUUGUUUCUGGAACUCCCGCUCCCGCACAACGGAGCUACAGAAUGAACGCUUUCCCGCGGUUCGUCCUCCACAACGAAAUCCUUUCAAAAAUCUCAACCCCCUCCAGAAACUACGCUUAUUUUCUUUCCUCAAACCACAGAAGGAAGUACUGCGCAGUUACACUCUCCUUAUCUACCAAGCCUGCUGAAGAAACGCUAGUGGUAGUCGGCGGUGGAGCUGCCGGGAUGUAUGGAGCAAUUAGGGCUAAAACUGUUGCGCCUGAUCUUAAUGUUUUUGUUAUUGAGAAAGGGAAGCCUCUGUCGAAGGUUAGGAUUUCCGGUGGUGGUCGAUGUAAUGUGACAAAUGGCUAUUGCGUUGAUAAUGUGAUUCUGGCAGGAAACUACCCGAGAGGUAACAAAGAACUGAGAGGAUCGUUUUUCAAUAUGCAUGGUCCAACCGAUACCAUGUCAUGGUUUUCAGAUCGUGGAGUGCAACUAAAGACUGAAGUUGAUGGAAGAGUAUUUCCAAUCAGUAACAGUUCAUCUACUAUCAUAGAUUGCCUAAUGUCUGAAGCAAAGAAUAGAGGGGUUGUAUUGCAGACUGGCAAAGCUGUUACAAGUGUGUCAACAACUGCUUGUGGCAAAUUCUCUAUCAAAAUUGAAAAGCGCACAGUUAAUUAUGUUGAAUAUAUUGAAGCCAAUUAUGUGAUGAUUGCUACUGGCAGUAGUGAGCAGGGAUAUAAACUUGCUGCUCAACUUGGUCAUUCUAUUGUGAAACCUGUACCCAGUUUAUUUACUUUCAAGAUUGACGAUUUUCAGUUGGUAGAAUUAUCAGGGGUUACAUUUCCCAAAGUGAGAGCAAAAUUGAAGUUAGAAACUGUCCAGAAGAGCAUACCUGAGUAUACACAGGUUGGGCCAAUGUUGGUGACACACUGGGGAUUUAGUGGGCCAGUGAUUCUACGAUUAUCUGCGUGGGGUGCACGUGAGCUCUCUGAUUCUGAUUACAAAGGCUCACUGGUGGUGGACUUUGUUCCUGAUCUUCAUAUAGAAGAUGUGAAGGCAUUUCUUGUACAACACAAGAAUAAGUUUGCGAAGCAAAGAGUAAUCAAUUCCUUUCCUUCAGAGCUUGGCCUUGUGAAGAGAUUUUGGAGAUACAUUUUAGAAUAUGAGGAUUUAGUUGGUGAUCUUUUGUGGGCUUCCAUAUCCAACAACUUACUAAUAGCAAUUGCUUCUCGUCUAAAGAAUUGUUGCUUCCGUGUGAAAGGGAAGGGCCAAUUCAAGGAUGAAUUUGUCACCGCCGGAGGUGUUCCAUUGUCUGAGAUAUCCUUGAAUACCAUGCAGAGUCGGGUCAAGUCACACCUAUUCUUUGCUGGGGAGGUGUUGAAUGUUGAUGGUGUAACUGGAGGCUUCAAUUUCCAGUGCACAUAUGAAGUCAGGCAGAAUGCUUGGUCCGGUGGAUACAUAGCUGGAACAAGCAUCGGCAACCUGACCACAACCGCUUAUCUGAAGGAGGAAGCUGCCUGAACAAGGAUCCGGUAUCUCUAGAAUUUAAUAUAAUUGGGGAUCUCUGGGUUUCUUGAGAUGUGCUUAAAAACGGAACAUGAAGAUAACUUAAAAUCUAUGCCACAUCUCUCUCAAUCUUUCUUUCAUCCCGAUUACGUUAAUAGAAUCAUGAUGAAAUGUAUACACAUAUACCAUGAAAUGUACAUAAUCUCAUGCAAUUAUAUGUCAAUUAUUUUCCCCCAUUUAUUGUA